AUGGCCAUGACACUUGCUCUGGAAGAGGUGGUCACCCAGCCAUUCCCCCCCCCACCCCCCGUCAAGCCUGUUGAGGAAGACAUGCACAACAAGACCAUACAUACACAGCCUGGCAUUCUCAAGGGCAAUGGUACUACCCUGUACAAUUCAGAGUCGCCCCCCAAGACCCAUCAAGAUUUUGCUGGGCUUAACCACAUGCUUGGGGAACUCUUGGAAUCCUCAGACAAUCACAGCAUCAAUCUCAUCCUUGAAGAUCUCAACAACAAAAUCAUUGCACUUGAUGCUGAUCAGUCCGACCAUGAGCUGGCAUGCUUUGAAGCAACAGAGGGAGAACAUGGGCUUUUGAGGAGAGACACAGGGGAGGCAUGGGCUGAGGACAUGUCUAUGAAGAUGGGGGACCUCAUCCACAUAGAUGCAAUGCAUGACACAAUGAUGGACUGCAUAGUCGACCCUCCCUUGGCUGAAUCACACACUGACCUGCCUUCUGCCAUGCCAGAUAUGGAUGCCUACAUCGAUAUUCCCAAUCCUGUGGUGCAAUAUGAAGAGUUGCAUGUGCACCCUGCAGUCCAGGCCUUUGCACUGCUGCCUACCUACCUGCAUGCCAUCUUUCACUUGCCCCACACUGGAUGCAACAUUCUUAGCAUUGUUCCACUUCUUUGUUCUCCAAUAUGA